AUGACUCACAGUUUCCCCCUAGUCAUACUUUCAAUUUUCUAUCUACCUUACCAGGUCAUAGUCCAUGGUGGCCACAUCCAGAAAGUAGUAGGAGUGAAAGAUGCAAGUGGACAGUGCAUUUGUAGUGUGCAGCUGUCACAUGUUUCCUUCCCCGUACGUAAAGUGGAACAAUUGGAGGGUGACUACUACAACCUGACUGAUCAUUUACAGAAUAUACUGACCAAGCUUUAUACCUUCCAUUGGGUGGUAAAUGAUGGGAGAGCAAACCUGACAGAUCUGGACAAACGUGCAAAGUAUGCAAAAGAUUAUGGUGCUCAUAUGGACCUGAAAUUUGAUAAGCUCAUAAAGGACGUUUAUACACUGGUGUCUACGGCCAAAAAUAUAAGCCAGAACACAACUUCUGUGAAAAAUAAAGAAAUGAUCAACAAAUUGAUAGAUGAGAUCAAUGGUAUAGCUGCUGUAAUAAUUUCGAUGGAAGAACGUGACAAAAACAACAUAAUCACUGCACAACGUGAGGUCGAUACACUCAGGAAAAAACUCUUAGAAUGUGAGGAAGCAAUUGCCCUGGUCCCAGCAACAGUGGCAGACAAGACUGUUUUUGGUACAUGUCAACAUGAUGGGCUACAAAGUGUCAGUUCUCCCGUUCUAGUGAAACUGAACUGGAAAGGUCCAGAUUUCAAAACAGGAUCCUGGGGGAAAGAUUUUGCCUUAGGGAACAAAUUAAAGGAUCACUACUGGGUUUUCCCAAUGAACAAAGAUGAGCGUACACUGGAGACUUUCCGUCUAUAUGCUUCAUACAAGAAAUUGCUGCUUUACUCUCCCAUCCGAGAAUAUAGCCUUAAUGUUAAUUCCAAGGACACAUGUGAGAGCUGUGGCCAAGGGGGUGGAGUGGUCUUCUACAAUGGUUCCUUUUUUUACAACUGUUAUGAUAGCAGAGCCCUAUGCAGGGCCGACCCAUUUACUAUGCAAGUCUCAAGGGUGGACUUAGAUGACCAUGACCCUGCCUCCUUUAAUAACUGGUUCUCCUAUAAGGAUGUCAAAUAUCAGGAUAUGGACAUGGCAGGGGAUGAGAAGGGCUUGUGGAUGAUUCAUGGCUCUACAAUGGCCAAUGGGAACAUAGUUAUUAGGAAGGUAAACCCUGACCUCUUGAAAGUAGGAACGCCUUGGAUCACCACACAGCCAAAGAAUAAGCUGACAAACACUUUCAUGAUCUGUGGAGUCUUGUAUGCCACCAAGAGAGUGAAUUCGACACACGAACAGAUAUUUUACUAUUAUGAUACAAACACAGCCAGAGAAGGCAAUAUAAAAAUCUUGAUGGAGAAACUCAGACCUACUGUGCAGAGCCUGAAUUACAAUCCCAAUGAUGAGAAGCUCUACAUGUUCAAUGAUGGUUACCUACUUUAUUACAACACCACAUUCAAAAACCAUAUUCAAGUAGUGAGCAGAGGAGGAAAGGUUUUGGCUCUUAAUCACAAACAGGAUUCCAUCAGUGAGAAAGGACAGCGUCUGAUGAGCAAAGGAGCAGAGGCUAAUGCUGGCCAGGAAGAUCAGAGUUCGGUGAGCAACAAGCAACUGGACUGGUUGAGCAAAGGAGGAAGUGAUGCCCAGCUCAAGGAAGAGCAGGUUGCUAUUAGUGCUGUCAGGCAGGAAACCGUGAGGGAGGGCAACCAGCUUGUUGAUACUGAGUGA